CUUCCACUAUCAGCCACUCACUCACGCAUCAAAGCUCUCUUCCGCUUUUCCCCUCUCAGCCACUCUCUCUUCCCCUCUCAGCCACUCUGUCACGCUCUUCCCCUCUCAGCCACUCUCUCACGUUCUUCCCCUCUCAGCCACACUCUCUUCCCCUCUCAAUCACUCUCUCACGUUCUUAUCCUCUCUGCCACUCUCUCACACUGUAGACGCAAAGAUCUAUUCAACCUCUCUGGAUGCCUACUGGAACCUGCAACUUUUGGAUUGAGAAGAAAUGGAUCCUAGCAUAGUUGACACUGCAAUGACUUCAAGAAAACGUAAAAGAGAAGAGUAUAAGAAGAUAAUCUUAUUAGCUGCUGCUUGUGUUGUUCAUAUGGUCAUUGGUGUAGUGACAUGGUAUCAUAAUAAUUAUUUUGUUAAGGAACCAACCCGUAAUUGGGAACUAGAACGUCACAGCUUCCUUAAUCGUCUUUAUAGAGGAACAAAUAAAGAUUGCAUUGAACAAUUGAGGCUUAGUAAAAAUGCAUUUUUUAACCUUUGUAGAAUUUUACAAGAAAAAGGUGGAUUAGUAAGAACAAGAAAUGUUCCAACAACUGAAGCAGUAGCAAUGUUUUUACAUAUCCUUGCUCACAACCUAAAGUAUAGGGUAGUGCAAUUUAGUUAUUGUAGAUCUAAAGAAACCAUAAGCAGGCAAUUCAAUGAUGUCUUGAGAGCGGUAAUGAAAGUGAGCAAAGACUAUUUGAAUUUUCAACCCUGUACUUUAGAAGGUGCGGAAGCAAACAAGUGGAGAUGGUUUGAGAGAUGUAUUGGAGCACUUGAUGGGACUCAUAUUCCAGUUACAGUUUCUCCUGAUGAGAGACCUAGAUAUCAUAAUAGAAAGGGUGAUGUCUCUACAAAUGUGUUAGCUGCUUGUGGUCCAGAUUUAAGGUUUAUUUAUGUGUUACCUGGGUGGGAAGGGUCUGCAGGAGAUUCUCGAGUAUUACGAGAUGCAUUACGUCGUCAAAACAAACUUGAAAUUCCAACUGGUAAGUAUUUUCUUGUGGAUGCGGGAUAUACCAAUGGUUCGGGAUUUUUAGCACCAUAUCGAGGGACUAGAUAUCAUCUCAAUGAAUGGAUUGUAAACACCCCUCAAAGUUACAAGGAGUUAUUUAAUCUUCGUCAUGCAAGUGCCCGAAAUGCAAUAGAAAGGUCAUUUGGGAUCUUGAAAAAAAGAUGGAGUAUAUUAAGAACGCCUUCAUUUUUUGAUCUAAAGACACAAAUAAGAAUUAUCAAUGCUUGUUUUGUGUUACACAAUUUCAUAAGAGACGAACAACAAACUGAUCAACUUUUAGAAGUUCAAGACUUAGAAUUCUUAUCUGUUGUUGAUGAAGAGUUAGUCCAUCAAUGAAGGGAAGGAGUUCAAAAUAAUGUCAUAGAUGAUAUCACAACUAUUCAGGCCACCGAGGAAUGGACAAGAUUUCGAGAUACAUUAGCUAUGAAUAUGUUUGCUAACCAUCAAGUUAGGAGAAACUUUGCUUAGGGACAAUUUUUUUUAAAUGUAAUUUGCUAUUGCAGACAAACUUUGUGUGCUUUGUUACUAUUGUACUUUUCGAUUGAAGAUAGACUUUUAUGUACUUUGCUAUU